AUGGUUACCACGGAGGAUAACGUGACAAAAAUCCACGAUCUCGUAUUGGCAGACCGCCGAUUGAAGGUGCGCGAGAUAGCUGAAACAGUAGGCAUCUCAAAAGACCGCGUGGGUUAUAUCCUGCAUGAAAUUUUGGGCAUGAAAAAGCUGUCGGCGCGAUGGGUGCCGCGUUUGCUCACUCCGGACAACAAGCGCAACCGCCGUCGCCACGGCCAAAUUGAUUUGGCCGCGUGCAACUUUUUUUUGUUUCUAAACUUGAAAAAGUCACUCGCCGGGCAGAAAUUUGAGUCGAAUGAAGAGGUCAUCGCCGCCACGGAGGCCUACUUUGCAGACCUCGAGAAAACGUAUUUUUCAGAUGGGUUAAAGAAGUUGGAGCAUCGCUGGGUCAAGUGUAUCGAGCUAAAAGGAGACUAUGUUGAAAAAUAA